GAAGGUUUAUUCGCGUUUAUGCGCAGCUAUGUGAUUCGUUUACAUCGUGUCAUCACGAAACAACACACAUGCCACGGGGCCGUUCUUUGCGCGUCUAUGAUAGUAUGUCGAUUGUGAAUACGUGCUGAUUUUUUGUUUGAUGAAGAAGAAACACUAAUAAGUAGUUUAUCUAUAGGUACCGGCCUAAAUUUGUGCAAAGUUUGCUGGAAUUACCGUUUUGUGCUUCUCGCAGAAUGGGGUUAGCAGGCAGCAACAAGAAGAAGAGUGUGUACUUUUAGAUGCUGCUGUGCUGUGCUGUGUGAUGGUGUCUGUCCAGCGAGCGUACGUAGGCGCUGCGGCAGAGCCCGAGCCGUGCAAACGAGAGAAGGAAUAAGAAUAGGCAUAAAAUAAAAGUUGUUUUCGACAGCACAUAAGCAAGUAAGCGAGCAGGCACUGAAAGAAAAGCACAAAGCGGUGGAGUAGAAAGAGUGCACACAAGACAGCAGCGCAACUAACAAAACACUGUAAGAAAACAAAGCUUAAGGAUGUGUUUCAUUCGUUCCAUUCGAUACGGUGUGUGGUUUAAAUAGACACCGUCGAAUGCUAACUGCGGUGCAAUGGAUUUUAAACAGCUGCCAAGUCGGGAAAUCGAACGUUUGUGUAAACACCGUUCAGUUCUUGUAGUGUACAACCAGUAUCUAUAUUAGCGACUUAAUUUUUCUUCGUGUACCGGAAAGUUAGGAGUGAUUUUAAAACUUACUCGGUCGUUGCCGAUGUAUAGCGCGCUCGAGUGAGCUACAACACGGUUCAAAGGCUGGCGUUCCAGCCAGCAGCAUCGCAGAUCGAUUCUCCCGUGACGGUGUUGUUCGGAACAGAAUCGCUAAGUAGGCCUUUACUCAUACAGCGGCAAUUUCGAGUGCACGUUCGGGACCGGUUUCCUGGCGAUCGUAAAGCUGGUGAUGCUAAAGGUUUUUAUUUUUUUUUUAUUUUUCAGCAGAGAAACAAAAUGAGAUGAAAACAGUAAACAAGAAAGGUGGAAAAUUAUAAUGUGCAGUUUGCAACUGUAGGUGUGCGCGGUGGAGUGUGUGCGUGUGUGUUUUUUUUAGUUGUUCUGAUCUGCUAAAGGCCACACGAUAGCCUACUAUGCGCCAUUGAGAAGGCACAUUACACACGAAAAAUUACACGGUUGACUAGCCCUUUCGGGAGGGUUGAAGGUUUGCAAGGGUGUUUCGGGGCCAGUUAGAAGGAUUCCGGUGCAUAAGCGUUGAGGUAUGAAAUUACGUGCCACAGAGUUAUUACGAACCAGUAGUGAAAAGUAAUCGGGCCACACGCUUUGCUGUGCUGAAAGCAAACACGCGAAGGUAUCGGAGAAUAAUCGUGUGCCUACAGGCUUAUUGUUGUGUUUGUGCGCGAAAUUAGUGUGCAGCAAAAAGAAAAAAAAGUGUGAAGAAUAGUGUAAAGAAGUAAUCAACAAAAGUGAUCUCCACUCGAGAAAAGCGCGAAGAAAGAAAGUGUUUAUAGUGCUGUUUGAAAAUAAAAAUAAUCAAAAUAGAGAAAAUCCACUCAUUGGAGUCAAUUGUGAAAGAUCGUGCGAAGCAGCGAAGCAAAGCGGAGAGGCCAAUUCGAGCGGUUAAUUAAAUGUACGUGCAAGGCAAAUAAACAACACACUCACUCGUGGCGUGGCGAAGACGAGACGAGACGAGGCAAUUGGAAUACACAAAUAAUAAAUACACAAUCGUGUGUGCCCGUGUAAACACGACGCUCGCUUCCAUCGAUAUUAUUGGCCUCAAGUGAGUGAGUGAGUGAGUGGGAUUGUGCCGAGACAUCGCCUACUAUCGAGGAGCACUGCUGGUGCAGUGGCCGGCAUCCAUUUGGAAGCGGUUCAAUAGGAAGAAAGCCGAUUAGCGCAGAACUUUCACAGUCAAUUAGAUAGAGUACGCAACAGCAGCAGCAGUCGGAAUCGAUCGUCAACUAAGUCGGUGAAGCAAGCAAGCGGACGCUCGUGGUUUCAUAUUAUUGAUGAUAUCUACCAUCGCCAUCGAAAUCAUCAAGCAACUUAGAAUUUCCGAUUAGAGCAAUCUCGUACGGAAUCGCCAGCAGCGGCGAAGGAAGCAAACGGACGGAGCGAUAACGACGCAUCACAGACGGACAGCCACCCACGGCGGACGCCCGUGUGCUGAAUGCUGGUCGGCCGCCAGUGCAGCAGCUAGCACCGUCGGGACAAGAUUCAUAAUUUCCGCAUUUCAUCAGCAUCCUGGAGCGCUUCCGGAGCUAUCACCACCGACGAUGGAUUCCCAGGAACAGCGACAUCAACGGAGAAAGCGGUGGCACCCGACGGUAGGGGGUCUAUCAGUGUGGUGGGUGCUGCUGCUUAUCGGGCUGUGCUUGCUGGUGACAGCAGGAAGCGGGCACGCAGAUUCCGAUUUCACCCUGCAGUGCAACAAGUGUAAAUGCGGCUGGAAGAGCGGUAAAAAGAGUGCUGACUGUACUAACCAGAAUCUGGAACUGGUACCGACCGAUAUGAGCUCGGAACUGCAGGUACUAGAUCUGUCCCACAACUACAUCGGGGAGAUUCGGAGCCGAGAGCUGAUGCAGGCGCACCUGCAGAACUUACACAAACUGUACAUCAAAAACAGCACCAUCGAAAGUCUACAUCGGGAUGCUUUCCGAAAUCUGACCAUUCUAAUCGAGCUGGAUCUGUCGAUGAACAAACUGAAGCGGCUUGAUCCGGGUCUGUUCGACGAUCUGAAGAAGAUCCGAGCGAUAAUGUUGAACGACAACCAAAUCGAACGAAUAGAGAACAAUCUGUUCCAAAACUUGAAAUUUCUAACGAAAAUCGAACUGCAAAGCAAUCGUAUCUAUCGGAUAGCUCUGCACAGUUUCACCAACGUACCGGCUUUAUCGCAAAUCGAACUGGACUUCAAUAAACUGCAGAAUCUGCGGAAGGAAACGUUCCUAAAUCUGGACAAACUGACCAGCCUAUCGUUGACGAACAAUCCGUGGAAUUGCAGCUGCACACUGCGUAAUUUUAGCGAAUUCGUGAUAAGUCGCAGCUUGUACCGGUCACCAACGACGUGCGCCGAACCUUCACAUCUGGCCGGUAAGGAAUGGAACAAUAUCCACCUGGACGAAUUCGCCUGUCGUCCGCAGAUCGUCGAAAAUCGCAUCAUCUAUCCGAGUGAAGGAGAGAACGCUACCUUCACCUGCAAGGUGACCGGUCUUCCGCUGCCGAAAGUAGACUGGCUGUUCCACAAGCGGCCGUUCCCUAAGAAUGACAAACGACUAAGUGUCACGUACGCCGUGCGCACUUCCGGCCGAGAUAAUAGUGAGAUUCUGGUUUCGGAACUUACCAUUGUCGGGUUGAAAGCAUCGGACCGCGGUUCGUAUGUGUGCAAGGCGACCAACAACGGCGGAACCGACGAGAGUGAGCAAUUUUUCGACCUGAAAAAGGAACCAGCCAAGCUGACACCGAACCGAACGAACGACAUUCUGUGGAUCGUUCUGUUCGUGGUGCUGGCGAUACUCGUUAUCCUGAUACUGACCAUAAUCGUGCUGUGCUGCGUUUGUCGCAAAGCGCGCAAGUUCAAGAAAAAUUCUUCACUCAGCGAAAAUGGGCUGGUCAAUUCCAAGAUGGACAAAUCAUCGGACGGUUCGGUUCUGGAUGGUGGAUCGGUAAUCCUGGAGAUGCGAAAGAGCCUACUGACGGAGGUCAAUCCAGUGGAGAAGCCACCCAGACGGGCGGACAUCGAGGCGAACGAUAAGGUGGACUACGACGAAGGGCACGAGGUGAAAAAGACUCUGCUGGAGGAGACUGGUUUUGCCGCUCAGGAUGAGGAAACGGUUUCGGUGGCUCUUUCGGACACCACACCGCGAUCCCGCACGGCCUACGUUGAUGACGGAAGCGGUGGCUAUGGGACCGCCAAUCUGCCACCAGAUCUGCUAGCCUUCCCUAGCACACGCUUUCCCCAGUCACCGUCGAUUCAGAGUUCGAUGUCGAACAUUCACGAUGGUCGAAUCUACGGCAAAUCACCGCUGUCGAGUCCGAUCUAUCAGCACAGUCCGGCGCUGGCUGGCGGUCAGGUUCCGGUUGGCUUCCGUACGCUGCAGCAUCCCAAAACCGGUCGAACGAUAGCGAUUGCUGCGCAGCGAUCGAACUCGCCCUUCACACCGGCACCGUUGAUCUAUCCGCAGGUGGUGAUGAAACAGGGCUACGUAACCAUUCCCCGCAAGCCUCGCACACCGAGUUGGACGCCGUCGAUCAAUUCAACGGCCACGACGGCAGAAUUGCUUCCACCAACGAGCCCUACAUCGAUCGGUGAGCUACCGGCCGCGACCGAGCCGGUUUAUGACAAUCUAGGCCUCCGAACGACGGCAUCCGGCAAUUCGACGCUCAAACUAAACAAAGCUUCGCGGUCAGCCGGAAGCAGUAGCAACAGUACGUACAGUAUGAAGAAUCGACCACUUCCAGCGACCCCCGGCGGUCAAACGGCCUCAGCAACGACAUCGAUGCACAACAGCUCAUCCGGUAGCAACUACGAAUCGAUUCCGGAAAUGGGGGGCACGGAAAAAGCAGCAACACGAGCAGGAGGACAAUCACCACCCGGGAAGCCGUUGCCGGCCGGUCUCGAAUCGAUCUACGGCAGAACCAUGGGCCUCAACGGUACUGCCAGCAGUAGUAGCAGUAGCCACAGUAGAAGUAAAGUGCCACCGCGACCACCACCGAAGCCUAAGAAGAAGCCACCGAGCAUAGCGAGCGGAACGGUCGGCAUACCGAACAACACUACCAAUGCCAGCGGCAGCGGUGGGCUGGUCAGUACAAGCAGCACCAGUCCGCUGUUCUCCGAGGAGGGUGAAGACGGUACCGAGGUUUAGGAAACGCUCGGUCGUUCGAAGGGAAGCAAACGAGGGAGGUACAGAACUCUGGACUUCGGGUGCGCCCCGGGGGUCGUGUGAGUAGUUGAUAAACGGAAACAAACAAGUAUAUAUAUGCUAAUAUAUAUGAAUUCGAUAUAGUAUAUUCGAAGAAAUAGGUAAUAAUUAUUUUUUUCUAACUCUAUUUGAACGUACAUUGAAGUUGAAAGUGAGAACUAUAUAGCGCAAGGACGAACCGAACGGUGAUUGAACUUGAUGUGUAUACAAGCGACAAGAAAUCUUUAUGAACUCGAUGAAAUAGCAUUACUAUUAACUAUUACUAUAUAUUAUGCUAGGUAAUAUUGUUUGUUUUAUAAGAAAAUGACACGAAAAUUGUAACACAAAAAAGUGGCAGAACGGCAGACGAAGGAUCAAAAGUUUAAACUAGACUAAUGUUGAUUAAACAAAAAAAAACUGUAUGCUAUAGUUUGAUAAUGAUGCCAGCGAAAGUGGUAAAGUGAUGGAAAUAAUAGCUAUUUAUUCAAGACGAGCGUGUGAGAGAUAAGGCUGAAGCUGAAGGAUGGAGCCUCCGUUUUUUUGCCGGGUGUGAAUUGUGGCGGCGGCAGCAGCACAAAAAAAAAUUAGAUUACACACGAUGAAGAGCUAAAAAUAAGUGUAGCUGGUGAUAAAAUUUCGGCUUUUUUGUCUUUUUAUUGCAGGAAAGUUUUCUGCUUGAACCGAGAAAUUAACUUUUAAACAUUUAAACGAUCGCAAUCUAACCGAAGUUUUCUCUACAAGUAGAUAACGACGGGAUGAAUAUAAUUAUCUUUCUUUCUUUGCGGGAUCUGGUCACUAAAACACAUUCAGAAAGGACGUCCGGAAUUAAUUAUAAAAAAAGAUUCAAAUUAGAAUUGGCGGUGGAAAAAGUGCGGUAAUUUCGGUUUCGGUUUCGGGUUAGGGGAAUGGAACGGCAGGAUCCUUGUUGCAAUGGCCUAUUAUCUUAAUCUGCUGAGAAGCCUGGUAAGAAGGUCUUCUUUCCUCUAACUGUGUAGUGCGUGAAUGCGUUAAAUUUUCCUUGCAUUGUCGGUUACAGUGGUGAGCUGGACGCAUUUCGUGUGUCAUUGUAAACAAUUUACAAUACAGCAAAAUCACCUUUUCUGAGGUUUUUACGCGAUUUGUUUUUUUCGACUAUUCGAAAACGAUGCAACUUAUCGAGUUAAAACCAAUCAUCAAUGGUGUUGAUACAGAAAAUUUUUAAACUGCAUUCUGUUAACACCAUAUUCCACUAAAGUUUGCAGUGAGACACAAAGCGAGGUUUUUCCUUGUCGUAGGUUGCUGGUACAAUAGAUUAACCAAGUCGGGAAUGAAUUCGGAUGCUUUCUUCUGUGAAGUCAUGUAGGUUUUUGUCUUGAACGAUGGUAGUAAAACGCAGUUGAUCCAGAUGAAUGGUUGAGAAAUUAAAUCGAACUGAACCUUCAAGCACAAGAAAUAAUUGCAUCAGAUCUCGGAUGUGCUCAUUCGGCUCAACCAUUCCACAAUCGAAUCUACCGAGAAUUGUUCAAUUAUGUUCGCGCUGCAAAACUAGAUGCCAUUUUCCUUACCUCAACAACCCCCUAAAUCAUUGCAUGAAUUGCAAAAACAACAUUUCCCCUUUACAAAUGCACAAAAGCAUCAAUUUGGCAGGAUCGCCAAUGUGUUAUUCAGUGUUCUAGUAGGAUUUCACAAAUUGCUCUUCUAGUUGGACAAAGUUUGCAGUGGGACCCAAAGUGGUUUUCUUUCUUGUCGUAGGUUCCAGUCCAGUAGGUCUAGUAGGUCAGCUAAGUCGGGGAUGAAUUUGGAAGCUUUCUCCUGUGAAGUCGUGCAGAUUUCUGUCUUGAACAAUGGAAGUAAAACCCACCAGGUCUAGAUGGUUGGACUCUUCAUUUAUUAAAUUGGGUGAUCAUAACUAGCUUCACUCUACGCACCUUCACGUUAAGCUUCUGGGGUUCUGAUGGUUCUCUUGUGGUUGAUAAACCGAACUGAAGCUUCAAACACAAGCAAUAAUUGCAUCAGAUCUCGGAUGUGUUCAUUCAGUUCAACCGUUCCACAAUUGAAUCUACCGAGAAAUGUUCACUAUUGUUCGCGCUGCAAAACUAGAUUUCAUUUUCCCUGCUUCAACAACCAGAAAUGAAUUGCAAAACAAAAUUUCACCUUCACAAAUACACAAAAUGAUCAAUUUGGCAGGAUCGCCAAUGUGAUAUUCAGCGUUACAGUCAUCUUGCACAGCUCCCUUCAAGCGAGAAACUAUCAGCACCAUAUUCCGCGUUUCUCUCUGAUCCUGUAACACACUUCAGGCUAACUGGCUAGCAUAGUAUUAACGUUGGGAUUCCACAGAUUGUAUCGUUCUACCAGUUGGACAAAGUUUGCAGUGAGACACAAGGCGGUGGUUUCCCUUGUCGCGCUGGUUGCUGAUUCAGUAGUUUAACCAACUUGGAAAUGAAUUUGGAUGCUUUCUCCGGUAAAGUUAUAUGACACAUUCCAGUGCUAUGGGACAGAAUCAGUACCAAUUUUUACUGUGUUAACCUGCUUCCUGUUUUGCCAUUUUUUGAUAAAUAGUUCAUUAACGAGGACAUUAGCUUCCACUUGAAUGCCAGGGAUUUGAUGAAAUAGCAACUGAUUGUGUGGAUGGUGUCCCGUAACGCUGGAAUGUGACAUAUAGCUUGCCGUUUUAAGCGAUAGGAGUAAAACCCACCUGAUUCAGAUGGAUGGACUCUUCGGGUAUGAACCCGGGUGAUCAUAACUAGCUUCCCUCCAUAUACCUUCACGUUAAACUUCUAGGGUUCUGAUGGUUCUAUUAGGGUUAGGAAGUAGGACUGAAGCUUUAGACGCAGGAAAUAAUUUCAUCAGAUCUCGGAUGUGCUCAUCCAGCUUAACCAUUCCACAAUCGAAUCUACCAAGAAUUGCAGAUAGAAUUAACAAAAGGGCGAAUGUCGCAAGCGUAAACACACCGAGUGAGGGUUGAUUUUCCUAUACUGAUCCAGCAAAAAAUAACUCUCACCCGUUUUGUUUACAUUUGCGACAUUCGCCCUUUUGUUAAUUCUAUUUAAAAUUGUUCAAUAUUAUUCGCGCUACAAAAAUAGAUUUCAUUUUCCUUUUCCUACCUCAACAACCUUCUGGUUCACUGCAUCAAUUGCAAAACAAAAACUUUACUUUCAUAAAUACACAAAUGGUUCAAUUUGGCCGGAUCGCCAAUGUGAUAUUCAGUCAUCUUGCAUAGCUUCCUUUAAGCGGGAAGCUAUCAGCACCAUAUUCUACGUUUCUCUCUAAACCUGUAACACACUUCAAGCUAACCGGCUUACAUAGUAUUAACGUUGGGAUUUCAUGGAUUGCUCUACUAGCAGCGCUACUGCUGCGGGAUGGGAUGGGAUGCGGGAUGAUGGGAGUAAAUCCCACUGGAUGCAGAUGAAUGGACUCUUCGGGUAUAAACUCCGGUGAUCAUAGCCAGCUUCACUUCACAUACCUAAAACAAGCCACCGAAGUAAGAGUUUUUCUAUAAUUUCAGGUUGCAAAAGUAAAUUUUUACAUCGCAUCGGAAAGAAUGUUAAGAACUGUAGCAAAGGAUUGGGUUAUCAGUAUGAGAACAAAGAUUCCGUUGGCAUCAUCAAGAUCUAGCCCAUGGCAUCAUAUGCGACCAUGUACGCACGUAAUUUUUUUUUAAUUAAAAAAAUCGCGGGUAAAUAAUUUCAGCAGUUAUUUACAUUAUUUUGCGUACGAAACCGGUAUCAGUACGUACGUUUAUUAACUUUCCUUCAGUCGAUUGUCAUAAUCUUCUACAAUUUUAAAGCUAGGAGCAUACGAGAUUUCGUGAUGAUGGUACCGCUUCUCUGCACGCCUGCCAUUCGAAUAACACCUUCCAAUGCAAUGUUGAACAGUAAAUUCGAUAGCCCGUCACCUUGCUUCAAACCAUCUAACGUCACAAACGAGUCCGAUGUCUCACCCGCUAUCCUGACGCUUGUUUUUGAACCAUCAAGGGUAGCACGUAUCAGCCUAAUCAGUUUUGUUGGAAAACCAUGUUCAAGCAUAUUCGGCCACAGCUCAUUUCGUUCAACUGAAUCGUACGCCGCCUUGAAGUCUAUAAACAAAUGGUGAGUCUGCAAGUUGAAUUCCCGGAAUUCAUCGAGGAUCUGUUGCAGGGUGAAUAUUUGGUCCGUCGUGGAAUGUCCCCCUCAGAAACCGCACUGGUAUUCGCCAACAAAAGUUUCUAGCAACGGCCUCAGUCUGAGAAACGGGAUGCGGGAGAGAAUUUUGUAUGCAGAAUUCAAGAGAGUAAUGCCUCGCGAAUUGCUGCAUUCGAGUCCGUCUUUCCAACCAGUCCGUAGGUAAUUCCGCCUCAGUCCAUACCUUUAGUAUAACCUGAUGGAUUGCACAAAACAGCCGUUCGCUCCUGACUUCCAAAAGGUCGGCGUAAUGCCGUCCUUUCCAGCUGCUUUGCCUUUGCUUUAUCCUCACAGUCACCUCACCUAAAUUUUUCAGGUGAGAGCACAAUUUGCAAUUCUGAAAGUCGGUGUCACGGUGUGGUCUGCUUUUCUGCUGGAUUGCUCCGUUAGAUAUCCUUACUUAUGACGUUGUCCGCGGUCAUCCGGUAUCCCAAAAUACCCGAAUCUACCUACUAUCUCUAGUUUGCCACUGUCAACGCUUACCGUCCGUGAAAGGCGCUUGUUUUUCUCCUUCAAGUUUCUACUUUCGACACAUUGAUUUGCAACCAAAUCCUCAGCUUUUGUUUGCUACAAUGUCAGUGUCAUUUGUAAGCUGAUAUUCGUACCUCUCGUGCCUACACCCGUCUUGAAGAACUAUGUUUUGCGUAUUAUUUAGCUUGUAGGAUAAACCAUCACCUCGUCUCAAUCCUCGUCGAGUUGCGAAGGGACCUGAGAGAGUCGCCGAGAUGCGCACGAAACACGUCACUCGAUCCACCGUAGCUCUGAUCAACCGCGUCAGUUUGUCCGGAAAACCAUAUUCGUACAUAACCUGCCGUUACUGUUCUCGAACGACUGUAUCGUAUGCUGCUUUGAAGUCAAUAAAGACACGUUGUAUUUUCGACAUUUCUACAAAAUCUGUCGGGUGGUGAAAAUUUAAUCUGAGGAUCGGAGAGAGUACCUUGUAGGCGUCAUUUAGUCGCGUCAUGCCGCAAUAGUUGCACCAGUCGGGCAGUGAUCCCCCUUUUUGUAGAGGGGACAAAGAACUCCUUCCAUCUAUUCUUUCUGUAGCUUCUACUCCUCCCAAAUAGUGGAAAUACCCCAGUAUAGAACCGUUGCCAGCAUUUCUCUGCUGGAAGGCGAUGCUAAUCCGCAGCUUUGUUGGUCUUCGGCAACCAGAUUUCUCGUUUGGCUCCAGACUGGAGCGCAGGCCUUGCCGACAAUACCUAAAUGCGGUGUGUUGUUUGAAAUCGAGCUUAGAGUCGAGCGGUAUUCCCAAGUGUUUGACUCAGUUUUCACGACGUAAAGACACGUCUAAUAGUGGGUAGUCAAAGACGAGAGGGUUAGAUUUCCUGGAGCAUGUAAUAACUUCGCAUUUGCCGGAAUUCAGCAUCACGCGGUUCGCAAAAAUUGAUUGCUGCUCCUGUAGAACCGCGGCAUCGGACGGUUUCUCUACUUUUGCAUACAGCUUAAGAUCGUCAGCAAAUGACGAUUUGCUCGUGGACAUUUGCGCAGGAAAUUGACAACGUUGAAGUAGACGAGAAAGAUCAAUCAGGUCCAAGGGGGCUGCCCUGUGGGAUUCCAGAGUAAACAGUGAAGGCUCUUGAAAUAAAACCAUCGACCAUCCGGUACGAUAGCGCGAGAGGAUUUUAGCUUCGCAACGACUGAUAUGACCAUCGCUUCGUCCAGGGACCGAAACGGUUACAUUUUUUCUAUACAUUUUCCAGUUUGCAGUGUCAAGUCAGAAUCUCAGCCAAUACCGCCGCUUCGUAUAGUUUCUGUAUCGAGAGAGUCUGUCUCUUUAGGCGUUGAAACUAGCUCGAAUACGUACAUGAUAAUAAGUAAACAUUCUUAUUUCCACUGUGACCAGUCGCAGAAAAUGUCACAGUAUAGAAAUGACAGGCAUUUGCCGCUUUUUACUUACAGUGCUAGCUGGCAUAGUAUGGACAAGCGAUAGAGAAUAAGGUGUAAUUAUUGAGGCGUUUUUCACCUGAACUUCUUAUAAUGAAAAUUGUUGCAUUAUGGUACUGUUUUGUGGCUGAUCACUACUUGAAAGAUCUCGUAAGAAUAGAUGCAGUAGAGUUCGUUUUCAAUUUUGGAAACGUUCUUUUUUGAAUCCGCAUUAUUUGAGGAAAAGCUGUAGGCAUACGAAAAAAGCAGCAAACGAGAAUAUCAAAAACCAGUACACCUUUUGUCAUGCAUGCUGCUAGAAUAUUGAAGCGUGUCUUUGCCGCUCCGAAGUGUGUACGACACGACGAGCAAGCGAUGUUAUCGAUGUUCUGGUAUUUCUUCUCAGUGCGUGUGUACUAGAAAUCUGCCGUAUGACUGGCCGUAAGAAAUAAUGUCAAAUGUUUUCAGAUUUUGGUCACCAACCAGUACAUUUUACGUCUCUGACUUCGACGAUAGGGAGCAUAGCAAACAGUGGCUAAGUACUGGAACGCACACUACGAGUCAGUAGGAUCGUUCCACUAGCCCCGUAAGCUUCCUGUACUCUAACAGCCGGCUGCGAAGUCUGUCGAUAAAGAAGAGCAAUGUCUGAAGACGGUAUAAGCUCAAGGCUUUGCUUUUUUGGAACGUACUGGACGGCUGCGGAAACUGCUACUCUUGCCAACUUGUUGACAAUGAAUACACUGGAGAACUUCCGCGCGAACAGUUGAUGGGAAAUCUGUUCUAUGUUGCUCGCAGAUUCACUACCCAGGGGCAUGACCGAUGGAAGGUCGCCUAAGUAACAGUUAUAGUUUUAUCAUACUCUUAUUGCGGUUUUCAUGACCAAUUACGGUCAUAGAAGCCAUCAUUAGACUAUGAUAAAGCCCAAAUUGUUACUUAAGGGUUGUUUUUUCGCUGUUCAUUGACAUGCAUUAGAAGUAUUUUGCAUUUCUUUUCAGUCUACGUUCGACCUUUCUCAGGUAGCUCCGGAAGCUGGAGGGACGUAAUUAAUUGUACCGCAUGUUGAUCGACAGAUAGUGGUAAACUACUAUGUUUCGAGAUUUUCCUGAGAGCAGCUAUCCUCUCGGAUUUCAGACGUAGUAAAGCAGUGUCUAACCAAGCUACUUGCUUCCGAACGGGCUGUGUUCUUUUUGGAACGUAUCGAUCGAUGGGUUAGUUCAGAAUACUAGAGAAUGUUGUUGCAGCCGAAUUAUCAUCGUCCUGAAUAUGAAUAUAUGGUACUACCACCUGCCUUUGCAGAACAUCCGUUCAUAGCAAUGAGCCUAUCAUGUCAAAAAGAGUUGAAGAUAUUCAACGAUUGGUCAUGCUUCCCACCCCUUGUAUGAAGGACCAUUAGAGAAUCUCCUUCCAAGGGCUAAGUCGCCUAAGUCAAUCGUUGAAUAAACCGUCUUAAUGCAGAAUGACUCCAGCGGGUGGGGAUCAGAGCCCGCUCAUUAUCCACGAAGUGUUGUUAAUCGGGACAAGAUUAACCCUAGAAAGUUGACUGUUUCACUCUCCCUAGGCCCACCGCUUUAAACAAGUGCUCUGAUGGUCCCUCCCUCUCCCACAUUCUAGUUUAUUUAUGAAAUGUGGUAUAUAAGGAUAAAAAUAGAACAAUCUCACCAGCAGUCCUUCGAAUGGAAUAGAGUUGCGUCCUUUUAGUUUCCAUAAGUGCUUCCAAUAAUUAGUUUAAUUUUUUCUUCUGGUAUCCAAUAUCCAUGUGCAGUAUUAACACUCGUAUUGGCCAAAGUUUUAUAUAGCAGGAGGUGCUUCAUAAGCCUAAACGAAAAAAAUAAUUGAAAUAACUUAUUUUAUGCUUACCUAUUAACAAGGUCGUGUGGCUGCGCCGUCUGCCCAAAACCUCGAUUUUGAGAUCAGGCAGCCAGGAACCACCCAGCAUCGCACCUCCUAGCUUGGCUACUCAAAAGAGCAUUACCAGGUAUGGCCACGUGGAGGCGCUAGGUAAGGGGCUUGGAAUGGCUAGAGCUAUAUUGAACGCUCCUCAUUUGCCUUCCCCAUUUCACACCCUGCAGCAGAAUUAUCAUGGUCAUUGUCCAAAACUGCAUCUCAAUUAAUGCUACAGAGAAUCGUUUGAAUUUUAUUAAAAUUUGCGUGGGCGAAAUCGUAGUAGACGGUCAGUGGUGCGAUCAUCAUGUCAUGAUGGAUGUGUUGAAGAAUCCUUAACAAGCGAGGAAGGAGCCAUCGCUAUAUCGGGAGCCUGAACUUGAACAGUCGAGCAAUUCGUUGGUGAUUUGAAACCAUUGCACAAUGGGCAAAAACGAGCUCGUAAUUCCAAGAAUUAGAAACCGCUGGUUUGGAAUAAGUUACCUAACGGGUGGCAACUAAAAUUUUGGAAUUUUUUUGCGGGGCUUAUGCUCAACAACAAACGAGCUUAGAGAGAAAUGAGAGUAUGUAUGUGUGUAUGUAUGUGCUCUCUCUCUCCUCUUUUUGUUAAUAUUUUUUGUUUUGUUUAUGCUUGCCCAGUUUUGCUAAAAAUGGCGUCGAAACAAGAAGCAUUUCGGAGGGGUCUCAAUUUACCAUAGAAUAAAGUCUUGUCACCAAAAACACCCACAUGCCAAAUUUUGUUCUAUUUGCUUGAUUAGUUCUCGAGUUAUGCAGAAAUUUGUGUUUCAUUUGUAUGGAAGUGUGUUAGUGGGGGAGGGGUUUCUAACCAUCACUAAAACCUUUCCUGGCCCCAAAAACCUCUACAUGCACAUUUUCACGCCGAUUGAGUCAGUUCAGUUUUUGAUUCUAUAAGGAAUAUCCCGACAGACAGAUAGAUAGACAGAAAUCCAUUUUUAUAUAUAAGACUAGCUGACCCGACAAACUUCGUAUUGCCACAAAUUAACCUGUGUUGUACAUAAAUCGUGAAUCUCGGAUGAUCUUUGUCACAAUCUCGAGUUUUGCAAGCCCCCCAGUGGGUGGCGCUUCCGACGGCGGGUCACCGGCAACACUCGCGACCGUCUCGUCCUGAAUGAUCUAGUGUUACUAUAGAUAGUUUUUGUGGUCUUGUAUUGACUAAUGUUUUAUGGAAGAGUCUCGAAUUUCUCGAGUUCGAUUAGUUUUUGAGUUUCACAAAAAUUUCUGUUUUAUUUGUAUGAGAGUCUCACCACAGAGGUGAGAGGUCUCUAACUAUCGUAAAAUGAAUUCAAGACUCCAAAAUCUCCCACAUACCAAAUUUGGUUCCAUUUGCUUGAUUAGUUCUCAAGUUAUAAGGAAAUUUGAAUUUCAUUUGUAUGGGAGCUCCCCUCUUAAAAGGGGAAGGGGUCGUAAUUCACCUUAGAAAAAAUUUCUGCCAUCUAAAACUCCCACAUGCCAAAUUUGGUUCCAUUUGAUUGAUUAGUUCUCGAGAUAAGAGGAAAUUUGCAUUUCAUUUGUA